GCUGUGGGAGCCGACAGUGCAUUGUGGUAAGAUGGUGGCUGCUCCAUUGUUCAGCUGUAUGUUUGCAAGAGAAAAAAAUCCCCUGAAAACGACCGGCGGAGGAAAUAAGGCCUGAAAUUCAUAUGUAAGUGGUUCUUCUCCUGAUCUGGAAUUAUGGAAGAUGAUGAAAACCGGGAUCCACAGCAGAACGAGUGCUCAGGGGAUGAAUCCGAAUCGGAUCAAUGCACUGAAUCUUACAGGGAGCGAGGUGCUGAGCAGGUACGGCUGAUCCUACAGCCACUGGGGAGGAGCCCACUCGAUAAAUGGACUGAGUGCAACACUUCGACACAGGUCAACUGCACCCAGCCAUGUGUGCAGCAAGUUAAGAACACGCUGCAGCACUUAAGAGAUUUGAAUGCAGCCACUCGACAACCAAAUGACUGCGGGAAAACAUGUCAACGAGAUUCCAGGAAGCAGAAACAGAUUAGAAGGAGGAAGACAUGCACACCAGCAGGUUCAAAUGCCAUCACUAGGAACUCACCGGAGAUUGCAGUGGCUGGUCUUCACAGUACAACCAGCAAUGGGAACCCGGAGAAGGAAGUGGUAUCUGUUUUACUGUCCCACCUCACCAGUGCACUGCAACAUAUCGGAUCCACAUAUGGAGCCACUUUCCGAACACGGCUGAAUCCAGAACCUGAGCCUGUUGCAGAUCUGGGAGCUUCUUAUUUUAGCAGGUUGGAGCCGGAAAGCACGGAGGCCACAAGUGACCUGCAAGAAGACGGCAUCUCCAGUCUUGGGAUCCGCGUUGUGCAUCACCCAGGGUUUACGCUCAAGAAGGAUCGAGCCUGGAGAUACAAAAAGUCAGCGUCGGCUGGCCUACCACCUUCAUCACAGAGAGUACCGUUUCACAGCAUCUUGGGAGAAGCUUUACCUUACCAAGAUUGCGUAUGCAGUGGUGGACUGUCCGGCAUGAGAGACGAUGCAAACCCAUCUGUGGAGUCCCAUGGCGCUAAAAAGACAAACAAUGGAUUGCAUUUAUUGGAUCGAUAUAUGUUGUCACCAGCAUCCUUGGAACUUUUGAGACAAGGUUUGCUGAGGAACACGGGCAGCCUAGAGGAAUCUGAAACUUUGGGGAUCUCUCGAAUGAGAAACAAAGAACUAAGGACAGAGACAGGUAGUCAGCCAGUGACUAAAGACUUCAGAACCCCAGUUUUCUCCCCAGAUAAGGAUUUGGGAAUGAAGAGAAAACUGGAUCUAUUGGAUGUGGAGCUCAACUGCCUAUCUCAGAGAGGCAGUGGGCUCGGUGGAAUUGCAAAUCCUAGCACAGAUCAAAAAUCAUCGGAUUCUCCUUUAAAAAGGCUAGUGGGUGAUACCCAGAGCUCUCAGCCCUCUGAAGGAGCCAACUGGGGCCUGGUUCUUGGGAACGGCAGUGGUAUCUCAAAUGGUCAACAAAGACCAUUGAAUGGAGGUGGGUGCUCCAACUCAGGAAACCAACCAAGUUCAUCCAGUGUCUCUCAAACAUGUCCGGAAAAGGCUGAAUCCAGCUCUGUCUCUUGUCAGCAGAACGUUACCAACCGGAUUACUUGUUCUGAUAGUCGAUUGGGGCCUGAUACCUAUGACCCAUUCAGUCCAACUGAUGAGGAGAAUGUCAACGGAGAGUUUAUGGGUGGUGACUUCUCCCCAAAAGACAGGAUUGAAUUGGAUGACGGUGAGGAGGAAGCUGAAGAGGAGGAAGAGGAUGAGGAGAAAUAUGACCCUUUUGAUCCCACAGGAUCCAUUGCAAGUUCUAAUAAUUUAAGUCCAUUAGGAGAUGAUUCAGAAGGUGAGCUGAAAAUUGUUAGUGAUGCAGGGCUAACUGAAGAAGAGGAUUGUGAGAGUCCUGAAUACGAAGAAGACCAGUCACCGGAAUCAACAACAUGUGCUCUGUCAGACGUGGAACUGCAGAUUGACUGCGGCAACGUGGUCAAAUCCAGUCUGGAACCUGAUCUCUACAGCUCCCCUGAGUACAGAGAUUUAGAAUCUGAGCUCCAGACGGGCUUUGCAGAAGGGUUAAGCUGUGCGAUCAAAAAUGAAUUUGAAAGUGACUCCAAACUGCAGAUCAAUGUUCAGCUGGACUCAGUCUCACAACAAGAGACUGAAUCGAUUGACUCAGAAAAUGAUAUUCAGUCUCAAAAUGAGCUGGCUAGAGAGGGGACCAGCGAUGCAAUGUUUGAAGAUGAGGAGCCAUUGUUAUCACCAGUUGGCAUUGAUUAUAGCUUAAUGCAGAGUCCUGGCCCCAAUUUACAAAUGGAGAAUGAAACAGUGAAGCUUUCAUUGAAAUCGGUGCAGAAAGAAGUCUUAGUCUGCUCCUUGCAGGAGGGAGACAUUUGGAAAAGUGAACACACAAAAGAGCUGGGUCUUGAAGCAAAGGGCAAUUCUGGCCCCCUGGAAACAGCGAAACAAGAAACAGAUGCAGGUUCACUCAGUGCCCCCAGGUAUCAGAAGAAUUCUGAAAGGACCAUCUCUGAGCCAGUAGAAUCGCUGGAAUCCCAGAGCCGGUUAAAAGCAAAGUCGAGCUCAAGUAGCUGUGUCACGUCCAAGUCCGCAUCGAGGCAACGGGCAAGAACUGAAGUGGUUCGAAAGGACAAAUCCGACUCCAAAGUGCAUUCAAAGGCAGAGCACAAGAGCAAGUCUGCUUCUGCCUCCAGGUACCACCACAAAUCCCACCGUACUGUGGAAAGAAAAGACAAUCUGGUUUUCACGGUGAACGUUUCCAAGUGGCCAGAGGAUGCACGUAAAUAUGAAGACUCUGAAAUCGAAGAGGGCGAGAUUGUGCAGCAAGAUGAAGAGAACUUCAGUCCUGCUAGAACCUUUCGCAGUCGCGGGCGUAUCUUUGAGCGCCUGAGGGGAGUUGAAGGAGAUGAUUUCAUCUCUUUGCACGCUGAUUCCGAUGAAGGGGCACUGCAGAUAGAUCUGGGCGAGAGCUCAGCAGAUGGAGGGCGAAAGAAAGUGGACCAGAGAAGAAAAGUGACAAACCAGCAGAGGGAGAAGUAUGUGAAAGAGUCCAGGUCGCCAGCAGAGUCCAAGACCCAGUCUGGGUCACAUUCCGAAUCCAGCUCCCGCAGCCGGAAAAAGCGCAAGAGAGAGCACAAAAAGGCCCGGUCGAAAGAUCGCAAACGAUCCAGGUCCCAGUCACGGGAACGUAAAAGGUCCUCGUCUAGAAGUAGGUUGCGAAUCCACCGCAAAAAGUCCAGAUCCAGAUCUAGAUCCUGGGAACGAAGGAGGUCAAAUUCCAGAUCACGUCAUAAGGUAUCUCGGUCCCGGACCCGUUCUCGAGAGCAUCGUAGAUCCAGAUCGUGGUCACCUUCCAACAGCACUAGCAUUUCUGCGCUCGGGCCUCUGAGGGCUUCAGCCGAGAGGUGGAAAAACCGCGUGCCCCAAUCGAAGGAGAGUGGGUCAUUCCAUCGUUCCCGGUCAAGCAGCAAGUCCAGGAAGGAGAGGAGGAAGAAGGAGAAACACCGGGAGCUGGAAGCAGUAAAACGCCGAAGGCAUUCAAGGUCCAGGUCCACGGAGCGGUCACAGAGGGAGAAGAGAGCACUCAGCCCUUCUCCCAGAAGAUCGAAAGAGAGGAACGAGAAAGAGAAGGACAGAAGUAGAGAGAGAAACCCCCCAAGUGAAAAGAAACAUGAGAAGACUGUAAAGGGAAGGCGGGACAGCAGAAUAGUGGUCCCCCCCUCAAUUCAAGACCUAAACGAUGAUGACAUCUUAAUUAAAGCUCGCUCAAUUACCAGGACCAUUACUGUGAAUCCAGGUGAGGAAGACCAAGAUGAUCCCAUGGAGGUGGCAGCUCUGUCUCCAACCCGGGAAGCCAUGUACGACUCCGACGAGUUGGGCUUUGAGAACAGUUUCUCUGACGUCGAGGCUGGGGACCACGCGCAGGAGAGCAGGGUUCCUGGAAAGGGCCAAGGGAGCAAGAACGAGAGGCGAAGCAGUCACGAGAAAAGCCACAGAGCCGGAGACCCUGGGGCAAAGCUUCUCAAAGUCAAAGACCGAAAGCGAGCUCAUGCAGAUGAGAAGUCAGGCAAAGAGAAGCGAAGGAAAAAGCUACCGGAUGGGCAGAAGGGGGCAGCCGGGUCAGAGAGCUUGAAGGCAGAGAAAAAAGGGAAAGAGCACUUGAUUGGCAGCCAGUCCGGGAAAAAGGUCAAGUCUGUGCCCAAGGAAAGCAAACAGGUGCCCAGGAAAGUGAAGCUCCAAUCCAAGGUAGCAGUUCUAAUCCGAGAUGGGGUGAGCUGUGCUGCCUCAAUGAAGGAAGACCGUGGCAAAGGCGGAGGCUUGAUUGGCGUGAAGUUCAGUCGCGAUAGGGAGAGCAGAUCGCCGUUUAUGAAAACCGAGGAACAGAUCCAUGACUCCAAGCCCGGCAGGCACCGAGCCGUCAGUUCGGAGAGCAAAGGCAUCGCCUUGCGGGCGCCAAAGGGAAAGGCCGUGGCCAAGCCCCGCUCCGCGCCCAAGAAAACGAAAGCAGCCGGCGCCAAGGUGAAGGGAUCCGGGAAAAAGAAGAAGGAAGCCAAGCCGAAAACGGCCCUGAAGAAGGCAGCGACUGACAGUGGCAGCAGCAGCAGCAGCAGCAAAGAGUCCAGUCCCUUCAGGAUCAAGGAAGAGCUGUCGUGGUCUUCGUCGGAGAAAUCCGACGACAAAGUCAACCUCCCGAGCCCGUCGAAGGACACGGUGGAGCAGGGGCUGUCCCCCCUCUCUCAGAUUUCAGAGUGUGCUCCCCAGCCCGUGGAGGCUGCCUUCACGCCAAAGGAGCCAACUGUCCACCAGCAGCCCCCUCCCCCACCCCCUCCGCAGCAACAGAAGGACUAUCACGAGCACAGCGACACUUCAAAGGUCAAUGGAGACAAGCCGAGAGCACUGAGCAAACCGUUGUCUUGGGACCUGCAAACAGGCGGAGGAAUGUUAGCACUUACUGCACUGCUGUUCAAGAUGGAGGAAGCCAACCGAGCAAAGGCCCAGGAUUCUAUUCAAGCAAUCACCCAGAUUCUCAGCCAGACUAAGCCCCCCGUGCCACCAGUGCCGACCAGCCUGUCCUCCCACCUUCCUGCCAACCAGCCGGCACCCAAGUUUCUCCGGCAGGGCUCCUUGUCGAUGUUGGGCUGCUCAGCGGGGCUGCCUGCACUGUCAGGGUCUGCAGUUCAGCCUCCAACCUCCAGCUCUGGGAAGCUGUAUAGCACAUUGGAGAGCACAGAGCCCAGCAAGAUGGAAGGCACCACCAGCACAGAUGGCAACAUGGACAGCGACAGGUACCUGAAGAAGCUGCACACGCAGGAGCGUGCAGUGGAGGAGGUGAAACUCGCCAUCAAACCCUUCUAUCAGAAAAAGGAGAUCAACAAGGAUGAUUACAAAGAUAUUCUCCGCAAAGCCGUACACAAGAUCUGCCACAGUAAAAGUGGCGAAAUCAACCCUGUCAAAGUUGCCAACUUGGUGAAAGCGUACGUGGAGAAAUACAAGUAUGCACGAAGACACAGCAAGAGACCCGAAGAAGGAGGACGCCAGAGCAACGGGAAGGAGGCCGGGAAGUUAGACAAACAUGGAAAAGCCUCAGCACAGACGUAAACGGGAACGAGAGACAGUUUUUAUUAUUUACCAGAAUUCAAUAAUUUUGCGCACCUCCUUUUAUUUUCAUUUUAAUAAGUGUGAAGACUUUUUUUUAAAAAAGAAAACUUUAGAAAGUCAUUCUGACGUUCCUGGGUUUAUCUCAUUGUGGCAGUGCCUAAUGAUCCUGAAUUAGAUGUAAGAAACUUGGGACACUUUUAAUGAAAUGCUGAGGGGUGGGGAGGGAGGGAGGGAGGGAGGGGGCAGAAUAUUCUUGGAAAGUAAAGGACAAAAAAAGAACCUUUUAAGAACUGUUUACUGUAUCUCCUGAUCGCUGUAUAUAAGUUAGGAGCCACUGGCAAGCUUUCUCAUCUCCUCCCGUGUCCUGUUGGUUUUUAUUUGUUUUUCUCUUCCUUCUCCUCCUCCUCCUCCUUCCUUCUUCCCUUCCCUCCCUCCCAUUUUCUUCAUGCAUGAAGUUUUUUUGUAGGUCAGUGAAUUCCAUACAGCUGCACUGUCUUUUAAAUGGUAAUAAACGAUAUUACACAGUCA